AUGAAGUGCCUCCUGCUCGCCCUGGGCCUGGCCCUCGUGUGUGGCAUCCAGGCCAUCGUCGUCCCCCAGACCACAAGGGCCCUGGAUAUAAGAAAGGUGGCUGGGACGUGGCACUCCAUGGCCAUGGCGGCCAGCGACAUCUCCCUCCUGGACGCCGAGACCGCCCCCCUGAGGGUGUACGUCCAGGAGCUGAGACCCACCCCCGAGGACAACCUGGAGAUCAUUCUGCGCAAAUGGGAAAACAGUGCAUGCGUUGAGGGGAACAUCAUGGCCCAGAAGACUGAGGACCCAGCCGUGUUCACGGUCGACUACCAAGGGGAAAGAAAGAUUUCCGUGCUGGACACAGACUACGCCCACUACCUGUUCUUCUGCAUGGAGGCCCCCGCGCCCACCGCUGAGAGCGGCAUGAUGUGCCAGUCCCUGGCCAGGACCCUGAAGGUCGACAACCAGGUCAUGGAGAAAUUCAACAGAGCCCUCGAGACUCUGCCCGUGCACAUCUGGCUCUUCUUCAACCCGACGCAGGUGGAAGAGCAGUGCCGCAUCUAG